GUUGUCCUCCUACCAUUACGCCUACGUUUUCCGGAUACGUGUUCCUUCCACCAACCGUCGACCCUUAACGCCCGUUGCGCAUCACGCUACGCGACGUAUAAACGCAAUUCAGCACAGGCAUGGCCCGCAAGAAGACCUCGCAGGGUCGCAAAUCUAAAAAGAAACACCCCAACGGCGGCUCAGCUGCAAACGCGCCUGCGGAUGCCAGCGCACCUCAGCAGCACAAAUCCCCCCACGGAGUGCAGUACGGCCGCGGCUCCGGAACCGGAUCCAACGCCGGUCCUGUUCCAAACCUGUACUGGGGCUACGUAAGCAUGGAGCAGCUGCGCGCCUGCCCUCGCUUCGUGGGCCUCCCGGAUCCGGCGCAGCUGCUGCCGCUGCCCAGCCUCGCCGCUGCCAGGUUCCUGCGCCAGUCCUCCCCC